UUUAUGUUUGGUUAAAAAAAAGUCCCUCCUCAAGCUAGGCUGGUUGUACGUGUGUGUGAUCGCGGAGGUCGAAGGCGAGGCUGCGAGAAACGUCACCAGCAUCUCGGCCAGCUGCCGACGCCGCCGCCACUUUCACCCAUGGACGGCCCGCCGGUGGUCACGGCCACUCAGACGACAGUUACCCGGAAAGGUGACGGGGCCGAGGGGGAGAUCAACCCCGACUACACGGCCUUCGUGCUGGUGCCCAUCUUCUUUCUACUGGGGCUGCUUGGGGUGGUCAUCUGCCAUGUGCUCAAGAGAAAGGGAUAUCGGUGCACUACCACAGAGGUGCCGGAUGAGGACGAAGUGGAGGAGGCGUGUGAAGCAGAGGGAAAGGAUCCGGAACUGGGCGGAGAGUUAAAUGACACGUUCAGUGACAACAAUGACACAGUGGGACAGAUUGUCCACUUCAUCAUGAAAAAUGAAGCCAACUCGGAUGCGCUAAAAGCCAUGAUUCAUGACACCAGCAUUGAUUCUGACGGUGCGCCCAUCACUCCCACUUCCCCCUUUACGCCCUCCCCUCCCAUGACCCCCGUUUCCCCGGGAGCGCCCCCUGGCGCGGCCAAGCACACCUGCAACCACCUGCACACCAUCGGCGGCGUCGGCGGCCACAAGAACAUCUGCACGCGCUGCAGCCAGAAGAAGUGGCCGCUCAUGAACAAGCCGGCUGCCCGCAAGGUGGAGCAGCGCCGCAGCCACCACGGAGAGGUCACGGUGUUGUCCGUGGGCAGGUUCCGUGUGACAAAGUGUGACAAACCUGCCCGGGAACGGCGGAUUCUGCUCGUGGCAGAUUCCAACGGGAGUGUCCCAUCCGAGGAUGCUGUGUCAAAUAGCCGGACAGUGUCCGAGUCCCAGGAGGAGGAUAAAGACAGCUUGGAUAAGGAGAAAUGAGAGAAAUCCAGCUUUCCCCGAGAGGAGACACUUUUAAAGCCUCCCGGCGCGAACGUCGACACAUAAGAGCAAUAUCAGUGCGUGCACCACCCUCCCCACCACUCCCGCCCCAGCCCGUACGCUCCCCAACGGGACCAGUGACGCGCCAGUCACAUGAGCCUCUUCUUAUUUUCCAGCUCGGAAGGAGAAACGCAAAUGUUUCUUUGUGAUUUAACGUCUCCUCGCCAAAGACGUGCGACAGCACACGGACAUGGUGCCGGAAGCAAACGUGCGUGCCAACAUCUUUACUUGCUUGAAUCGGUACGACCUGUCAGAUGGAAACAGAAAGUAGGGAUGAGAUGCUGCCGUGGCCACAGGAAGUUGUCAUCACGUGCGCCAGCCAGGAAUAUAUCAAUUAGUGCAAGUGUAUCAUUGACAAAGCUUGACUAGCUUCUAUGUGCCAGUGAAAUAUU